AUGGACGCUCAAAUUCGUCGUUUGGUUGUGACUGGUACUGAACAAAAUGACAUUAAACUAUUAUCUGAUGCAUUUCAUAAACUUCAACAAAAUUUUCAAGUUAAUCUUGUUCAAAGUAAAGAUACAAUCGGACAAGAUAUUUAUGUAUUACUUGCAGAAAGUGCUCUUGAUUUAAAUGCAGAUUCAAUUACAGAUGAAUGUCUUCAAAUGUUUUUCUCUUUAAGUCCAGUUAAAAGUCAAUUUGUUGGACGAGCUUAUCUAUGUCAAUUUCGAAUGUAUAUGCCGAAAGCAGCUCAAGAUUUUACUUCUUUGAACAAUGCUAUACCAUUCUUACAAAAAUGUCUUACUUUUGCUUCAAUAUCUCCGAGAUAUCAAUUUCUAGUUUACAAUACAUCAGUUAUCUAUUUUAAUUAUGUUCGACCAUUUUUUCGUGUUGGUUAUCGAAAAUAUCUAUGUGAUAGUUUUCAACAAGUUAUUGAUACAUUACUAAAUAUUACUGAUGAACCAGAUUAUCUUUGGCAAACACAACUUCUUUUUGAAUUAGUUCGAUGUUAUAUGGAUGCUAAUAAUAUGACUAAAGCUCGAGAAAUAAGUAAUCAACUUUUACAAUUAUGUCAAAGAAAACAACUUGCACUUCUUUCAAAUAUUCUUCAAUUUUUAACUGUCAACAAUGUUUUUGAACCAGAUAAUCUUUCACCAUAUAUACCAAGUGAUGAUCCAUCAUCUCUAUUUAAUCGAUUACUUAUUGAACUUGCAUCAAUUCAUCGACAAAUUCUUGAAAAUAAAACAACAAAUGAAACAAAUGAAAAUUUAAAAAAUGCAUUUGAUCGAAUUGUUGCAUUACCAUUACGUAGUGCUGUAACUGCUAAUAAAUUAAGUAAAGGUUUAUCACCACGAGAUAAUCAUACGAAUCGAUUAGAUAAAACAUUAACAUUAUAUGAAAAACAUCGUUUAUUAAUUGAAGCUGGUCGUCUUUCACUUUUACUUCGUUAUACUGAUUUAACGAAAGUUAUUCUUGAAGCUCUUUCAAAUAUUCGAUUGAAACCAGAAUAUCUUCUUGAAGUACGAUUAUUACAAGCUGAAUAUAUGGUUAAAAGUUUAGGAGAAAGUGAACAAUUAUAUAGUAAAAGUUCUGUAGACACACGUAUUCGAGCAAUUGAAUUAACAGAAGAAACAUUAGAAUCUUUAGUACGUACAGAACAAUAUGACUUAGUUCAAACAGGUUGUACUGUUUUAUGGAAUUUAUGUUUACCAUUAUUACAAACAAAUCUACGAAGAAAAAUUCGAAAAGCAUUAACAACACUUGUUAAUAUACUUGAACGUAUACAAAGUCUUGAUUGGUUAUUACGAAGUCAAGCUCAUUUUGAAUUAGCUAAAAUUGAAGAAGAUAUUGAACAACUUGAUUCCGCAAAAACUAAUUUACUUAAAGCUAAACAAUUAGAUGAUACAUCAAUUUAUUCAGAUCGUAUUAAUUUAGCAUUAGAAAGACUUCAUUUACGUAGUGAAUUAUAUAAAAUUCCUGAAAAUAUUAAUGAUCGUGUUGCAACAAUAAUUGAACAAGCUGGAAAAACAAUAAAUGGAAAUAAAAAUAAACAACGUGCUCUACUCAUUGAAGCUUGUUUAUUAUUAGCACAAGAUGCAUUUCAAGUUGUAUUAGAUUCAGAAAAUCCAAAUGGUAACAAAAAGCUUUAA